AUGAAUCGUUCUUCGCACCGUGAAGAUUUCUUCCAGACUACGGCCUCUUUGGAAGAAAGUAAUCGCAAAGCGGCCAAAUCUCGAAACCAAAAUGGAAACCCCAUAAAACUCCCGAGCAAGAUCCUCGCCAUAAUCGCAGACCCCUUGCACGACGGGUCUGUCUAUGUCGCUGAGAGCGCAGGUACUGCGAGGAGGGUUGUGCUUGAAACAGGUGAAACAGCCGCUCUCUUCAAGGGGCCAACUGCUCCCUUGACAAGCCUCUCUCUUAGCCCAGAUGGCAAGUUGCUGUUUGCUGGCUGCUGGGACAAAACGGUGUGGAGUUGGGAUGUCCACUCCAAGCAGCCAAAGCGAAAAUAUGAGGGCCACUCUGAUUUUGUCAAGUCUGUGACUUGCGCCAGAGUCAAGGGCCAAGAUGUCCUGAUCUCUGGUGGAGCAGAUGCCAAAAUUAUAGUAUUCAGCAUCGACAGCGGGGAGCGGCUCUAUGUCCUGAAAGGACACUUGAGAGGAAUCCAGGAUCUCAGGAUCGAUCCCUUCUCCGUGGAGCAAGAUUCUUCCGGGAUUGUUUUGUUCUCUGCUUCAAGUGAUCGGGAGAUUCGCCAUUCCAGCAUUCCACCUGACACCAACGAUCUCAGCAGCUCUAAUCCCCUGAUCGUGCAUGAAACCAGUGUUUACAGAUUAUUCUUCGAUGCUGAUGGCGAUCUGUGGACUGCCUCCGCUGAUAAGACUGUGAAAUGCCUGGCCCGGGAGAAUGACUGGACACCUAAUUUGGUUCUCGAGCAUCCCGAUUUUGUUCGAGAUGUUGCAGUGUAUGAACAAGGCGGCUGGGUUGUGACGGCCUGCAGAGACGAGGAGGUUCGAGUGUGGAACAGGGCGACUGGUGAGCUUUUCCAUACAUUCUCCGGUCAUUUUGAAGAGGUCACUGGUAUCUUGCUCGUCGGUAGUACAGUUGUCAGCAUCAGUAUCGACGCUACAAUCCGACAGUGGUCUCUCAGGCCUGCUGACCUCCAGCGUGCUCGGGAAGAAGCUCAGAACAAAAAGAAUGAGGAGGAACAGCCAAAACAAGAGUCCAUGCUCACUGAAGAAGAAGAACGAGAGCUUGCAGAGCUUAUGGAAGAUGACGAAUGA